GGCAAGAACAAGCGAAGUCAUGAGCUGCGGACUAAAUGGAUUCCACGUUUAGAUCAGCAGCCUGGACGUUCCCCCUCCAUCUCUAGGCCGCCCUCCCUUCCGCAGUGACGUCAGCGCUUCCACCCUUAUAAACAUGACGGUGACGAGUCGCAGGAGGACAGACAGAAGAGGACUGACAGCAUCUGAAGAGGCGGCACAAAGUGGGACUGCUGCAGGGGGCAAAGAUGGACACAGACUAUUUCACCACCGAGAAUCCACUGAACGUCACCGAUCUGAAUGACAGCAGUUACUAUUACUAUGAAGAGGAGUCUAGCAAUGUUCUAGAGAGUCCUCUGAACAUCAUGUCUUUAAUUGUCUAUUCACUUGCCUUCCUGCUGGGGGUCACUGGAAAUGGUCUUGUCAUCUGGAUCACUGGAUUCAAGAUGAAGAAGACCGUUAACACCAUUUGGUUCCUGAACUUGGCCAUCGCUGACUUCAUCUUCACCUUCUUCCUGCCUUUGAACAUCAUCUACACAGCCCUAGGCUUCCAUUGGCCAUUUGGUCGGUUCAUGUGCAAGAUGAACACCACCAUAGCCUUUCUCAAUAUGUUUGCUAGCGUCUACCUGUUGGUGGUCAUCAGCAUCGACCGUUGCAUAUCAGUGAUUUACCCAGUGUGGUCACAGAAUCACCGAAGGCCAAGGAUUGCCUCUAUCAUCAGCCUUGUGGUAUGGAUUGUGGCCCUUGUGCUAAGUUCUCCAUACUUUGCGUUUCGUGACACAGCACCAGCCAUGGAUAAUAUUAACAAAACCAACUGCUAUAACAACUUUGCCUUUUCUGAUGAUUAUGACUCAGAAGAUAUCGUUUUUCUGAGAAUUAUGCGUCACCAGGCAAUGGUGAUUACUAGGGUCAUCCUAGGCUUUUUUGUUCCCUUCAGCAUCAUCUUGGUCUGCUACACCAUUAUAGGUUUACGACUGAAGCAAAACCGUCUUGCUAAAACCAGCAAACCCUUUAAGAUCAUUAUUGCUGUCAUUGUCAUUUUCUUCUUAUGCUGGUCCCCCUACCAUAUCUUUGGGUUACUAGAAAUGGUAAUGCAUGCGAUGAAGGAGCCCAGUGACAAUCUAAACACUGUCCUCAGGUUUGGCAUUCCUAUUGCCACUAGCUUGGCCUUCUUGAACAGCUGCCUGAAUCCCAUCCUGUAUGUUUUCAUGGGCCAUGACUUCAAGGAGACCGUUAAGAAAUCGAUUCUGUCUGUCCUUGAAACAGCCUUCACAGAGGAGUCCGUGCACUCGACAUCAACUGCCAAUGGCAGGAGUAAAUCGAAAUCCAGCUCGUACGCUGAGCUCUGAGGUAAGAGGACAGUGGAACACUGUGCAUCAGCACACUAAAAUUAAGACAGGUACAUGGCAGACCAAAAGGUGUGUAAGGUACAAGGAUCUGUGAGUCGAAGCAGCUCUUAGGACCUGGAGCAUUGGGCUUAAACCCUGCACGUGUUAGGUCAGCCACUGAAACGGAGGCAAUGGUUUCCAAAGUAUCCAGACUUGCAGAUCCUGACACCAGGAAGAGAAGCCCAUGCUGUAUCUGCAGAGUAUCCUGUCCCAGAUGAUGGUGUCGACAGAAGGAUUUGUGUGUACGACCUCAGGCUUAACAAAAUUGUCCAACAAUGCAAACUUGUGUCCUGAGAAAGCAUCUACUGUACAUAUUUUUAAAACUGUUCACUCUAAAACACUCCACUUUACAUCAUGAGACAAACAGCGAUAUGUUAUUCUACUCAGUAAACUAAGUAUCUCAAGCAACGACACACAGUUAUGAAGAAAAACAUGAACUCUCUAAGGGCAAUUCCUUUGGGAGCCACCAAGCAACCCAAUAGCCACCUUAAUUCAACGUAAUACAGCACUGGACCAACCCUCUGAUGGUCCUCUGACGUCAAAGGCCCAUGGUGGUUACCAGCUGAGAUUACACUUGUUAUGGGGGAAAAGGGGGCAUGACCCGAGAAUAUUAAACCCCUUAUCCUACUAACUUGUAAUUUCAAUAUCAGCUCUAACCUUGGUUUAAGGAGGAUAAGGAGAAAUCUUUGCUCAAUGGUUACCAGUAUUAGUCCUGGGAGCAAGUCUUCCGAGCAGAGGUCUAUUCAUGAUGACUUACUCUUAAAUAAGUUUCUGCUCUUUUUUAGAUUAUGUUAUCAAAUAAGAGUAUUGCAUUUUCUAACCUGGUACAUAUCUUUCUUUUUAAAAGUGAAAGUUAACAAAGAUAACAUGAAAUGGGGGUUGGGACAAUACAUUGCAAAGAAGCAUUGAGAAUCUUUCAGUGUCACUCACAGUUGUGUCCUCACUGGCAAAUGUCUCCUCGAUAUCUUUUGUGAAGUUCAGCCCUGUUGGGGGCAGCAUAGGACCCUGUCGUAUAUAAUAGGGAAAGCAUAUACUCAUGUGUGAUGCAUGGAAACCCAUUAUAUAUAUUAUGAUGACAUCAAAGACUUGUGUGUUUUGCAUGGGACCCCUGUAUAUGACGGGGCAGCAUAGACUUGUGUGUUAUGCAUGGGACCCUGCUAUUGUAUGUAUUACAGAAAGGAGUUCCAGGGACAGCAGAUAUGGCUGAGAAGAGCUCUAACCUGGUGUCCUGAUUCACAGAGAAAUUUACUUUGACUUUAAACUUUCCUUCUAAUGAGAUCAUGACAGGUCCCCACCAAGUACUUACAGGCUGUUAUCAAAAAGACCCUUCCAGUCAGCGAGAGACACAGAGAAAUAGACAGAGAAUUUGGAAUCAAGAGGCACAUGGUGGACAGUUCAAAUGGUUGCAAAAGGAAAGAAUAAAAGGGUGUGGUGCAUUGACGCUAAGUGAAGUAGGCCCCCCAAAGGUUACUAAGAGACGCUCAGAGGCCCAUCAGAUCAUAGAUUAUUUUAUUCUUUUGUAUUUUGUGUUUGCUCCUAAUGUAUUGACCCUUCCUUGUGUGCCUUAUAUUUUGUAAUAAAACCACUCUGUAUAUAGUG